UCUUGGUCCUCUUCGUAUCCUGCUGCUGUGCUACAGUUGGGCGCGCCCAGGCCAUAAUCCGAAUUUUACUCCAGCGGUUGAUUGUCCUCAUCUUUGCCCAAAUUCAAGUUUUCUCGUGGAUGCUCACUGGAUACCAAAGUAGCUGAAGAAAUGGCAGACAGAGGUUCGGUGCUGGCUACGCUCUGCAAAUCUCAAUGGCCCAAGCUUUUCAUCUCCAGUCAUAUUGUCUCAAGACCCCUGCUCUUACAUUCUGUUUACCCAAAAUCCUGUCUAGGUAAUUUGAUAUGCAAGGUAUUCUGGAGAGGGGCGGUAAUCAGGCCAGAUUACGGACCCAAAAGUUGUAAUAUCUGGGGGAUGCACUUGGUUCGGUUUCUAUCCACACUCCCCGGAGCUCCAGAGUCGGGAAGUAGGGGCAACAUUGCAGUUGUUGAUGAUUGUUUAAACAAAUCUGCGGAAUUGAAAGUGAAAAGAAAGAAACUGAAGGGUAGAAGGGCUGUGGUGAAGUGGUUGAAGUGCUUCAGGUGGAAGAAGAAGAAAGAAUUCCAGAAGAUGACUGCUGAGGAAAAAUUGCUUUUUAAUCUGAGAAAAGCACGCAAAAAAGAAGAAAGGCUUCUUGAAGCUUUAAAGAAGAUUGAACCCAAGGAAGAGUCUGAAGCCACCCAUGAUCCCGAGAUAUUGACACCAGAAGAACACUUCUACUUUUUGAAGAUGGGGAAGAAAUGCAAGAAUUAUGUGCCUGUUGGAAGACGUGGGAUAUAUCAGGGUGUGAUUCUUAACAUGCACCUCCAUUGGAAGAAGCACCAAACACUUAAAGUUGUUGUCAAGACAUUCUCCCCUGAGGAGGUUAAGGGAAUUGCUGCAGAACUGGCAAGGUUAAGCGGUGGCAUCAUUCUUGAUAUUGAGGAUGAUAAUACCAUCAUUAUGUAUAGGGGAAAGAACUAUGCUCAACCGCCGACAGAGAUAAUGUCCCCCAGAAGCACUCUUUCUAGGAAAAAGGCUCUGGAUAAAUCCAAAUAUAGAGAUGCCUUGAGAGCUAUCAGGAGAUAUAUACCUAGACUUGAGCAUGAUCUUGAGCUGCUUCGAGCACAAGCAGGGAACCAUGCCAGACUUCCUGAAGAAAAUGAAUCAAUUGGAUCCGAGAGUUUUGAUUCUGAUCACCAGUUACAUUUGCAAGCUGAGGCAUCCAAAAAAUUGAAUGAAGUAAUGUCUCAAAAUGGCCAACAUGAUGAUGAAAAUGACUCGGAGGAAUCUGAUAUGGGUGAAGAUUCUGAAGAUCUUUCAGAUAUUUUUGAGACCGAUGAGUCUGAGGAUGUGAAUGAUGAGGAUAGUAAUGAGGGACCCUCCCUUUAUCUGGAUGAAUUUGAAAAGUUUCCAGUUCAUAACAGUCGGGAAACAGAGGAUUUUGAGGAACAUUUGCGUCAAAUAUCCGCUGAUUCAAUGAAAGGGAAAUUCCAAGGUGGAGAUCGAAAGGCAUCAGAUCUAGAUGAAUUUGACAAGAUGAUCCUGGAAGCUGCAUCACUUUUGAAGAAAAACAGGAGAUGAAAAGCCUCCUUAUACUGGUGAGUGCAGUGGGGGCAGAUGGAACUGGGUGGCGUGCACUCAAGUAGCAACGUGAAGCCAUGGCUAUUAAUUUCCACAAGGUAAACAAACUUCGUGGGAAUCCCUCAACGUUUUUCUUUGUAUAAUUAUGCUCAUUAUUUUCUUUUCUAAGAGGGUCCAGCAGUGGUUAUGGCAAAAGUAAAGCUCUCGAAAAGGAAAGAGACACACACAACAGCACUCUGUAAAGUCUGCAACAAAUAUAAAAGUGAUCUGAUAUGCCCAUUGUGUACCCCUCAGGUUCUUUUCAUGAAUUAUACAUUGCUCAGAAGAUACAUGAUGCUCCAUUUAAGUCAUUUCACAACUCCAAAGAAGCAAUUAUUAUUCUUUUCCCUUCUUGUCCAUAUUAAAGAUGAGGUAGAUGAAAGGGGCUUCAUAGUAAUUUUAGAGGGUAAGAUCGGUGAAUUUGGAUCCCUUCCAAAACUGAAAAGUUCCAUUUGGAGGGAGGAGAGAAAUUAUGAUGUGAUGUAUUGGUGAGUCAGAUAGAGAUAAUAAGGUAGAUAUAGGAAGAAGGGAAUGUCAUACUACGUAGUAGUCAGGAAUGUCAAUAAAUGUGUUAAGCUUGUGUGCAGUUUUUUAUUGCUAAGAAAAUGCCAUUAACUUAUUUGGGAUAAUAUGUGUAUGUUAUCUAACACAAGUGAUACUCCGUAUUUAUUUGUCUGUGCCAUUUGCAAACAUCAUC